CGUGCAGACCUGGUACCUACAAAGCUUCAGCCACAGAUGCCUACUGCACCAAAUGUCCUCCCCACAGCUCGUCUCCGCAGGAACAAGCCUUUGAGUGUGUUUGUGAGAAAGGUUUCUACCGUGCUGAGACCGACCCACGGGCCAUGGCCUGCACACGUCCUCCAUCUGCUCCAGAGAACCCCAUCUCCACAGUGAAUGAGACCUGUGUCACAUUGGAGUGGUCACCACCCAGGGACACAGGAGGCCGAGGAGACAUCACCUACAGCCUCCACUGCAGUAAGUGCUCAGGUGAUGGCAAGAAGUGCACACCAUGUGGUAGCAGCGUCCAUUUUGUUCCCAGGCAGUUUGGUCUCUCGUCAGCCACCGUGCUGGUCACCGAACUGCAACCGGACUCCAACUACAGCUUCACUAUUGAGAGCCAGAAUGGAGUGUCAGAUUUAAGUCCCACACCCAGAGGAACGGCAGUCAUCAAUGUCACUACAUCACAGACAGUGAGCGUUGUGUUGAAGGAGAGGCGGAGCAAGGACAGUGUGACUUUGGCCUGGCAGGGUCCAGAGAGACCCAAUGAAGUGAUAGUGGAGUAUGAGGUCAUCUACUAUGAGAAGAAUCAGCGGGAGCAGAACUACACGGUCUUGAGGACUAGCUCCAACAUGAUGACAGUGGACGGGCUGAAGCCAGGGACCACCUAUGUGUUCAGGGUCAGGGCUCGAACCAAUGUGGGCUACGGGAGCUACGGUGGAGAGAUUGAAUUGGAAACCAGCCACGAAGAUGUUUUUGCUAUCGGGGACCCUAACCAGUCCACCAUUCUGGCUGUGUCCAUCGCUGGGGGAAUCGUUCUGCUCAUCUUCCUGGUGACUUGCUUCGUUGUCAGCGGAAGGUGGAGUGUGCGCUGUGUUUGUAUCUGGGGAAUGAGGCGAGGAUCAAAGCUACAUCACAAGAGAGACAAGAGCGGGAGAGAGAGAGCGCGAGAGAGAGAGCGAGCUCACGGGGAGAAAGAUAGACACAAGCAAGGUAAAGGAGAGACGCAAGUGGAGGAUAAAAUGAAAACGUAUUAGAUAAGCAGUGGGAAU